AUGGGUGAGCCUUGGGCGACGGAGAGGAAAGCGGUAAGUCCGGCAUACAGUCCACGGAUAAUAUCUGCUAUAGAUCCCACCUACUCGUAUCGGAUACGCGGCCUCGUGGACGCUCUCAGAAAACGGGCUGCUACUGGAGAGGUGUUCAACCUCAUCGAGCACGUACUUCCUAUGGCUAUCGAUACUAUUUGCGAUACUUUUAUGGGAAUCUCAAUCGACAUGCAAGCUAGAGACAAUGCAAAAUACGUGAAAGCACUUUUACGAAUACCGGAUCUCUUUAUUGAGCGUGUCGUGAUCCCGGUCUAUCAACCUGAAAUAAUCUACUCGUUGACUGGAAAGAAAAAAGAAUACCAGUCGUAUGCAAAUGUAUUGUUCGCAUUGGUUCGAGAGGUCUUGGAGAAGAAGAUGGAGCAUCGCGCUGAGCUGAGGCAAACUUCUGGCGCAAGUCAUGAGGCUGGCACGAAGCUCUUCUUAGAUAUCCUGUUGGAUAAAUUUGAAGCAUCAGAAAAAAAGGAUAUGGACCUCUUGACCUACGAGACGGGCGAACUGUUUGUCGCGGGAACCGUAACGAUAUCUACUAUGGUGAGCUGGGUUUGUUUGCUGAGUGGUGUCUUUCCUGAGGUGGGCGACAAACUUCGGGCGGAGAUAGAUUCGUGCGUGGAGGAUGCGCCGAACGCAACUAUCGAGGAUUGUGCAAAACUAGAAUACUUGGAUCUUGUUGUUAAAGAGGCGCUUCGUCACUUCACAGUCCCGUUUAUCGCGCGAAAAGCUAAAAAAGAUAUUCACGUUCCUGAUGUUGGAACUGUUCCUGAGAAUACAAGGUUCCUUGUUUCCUUGCUGAGUCUCCACCAUGAUGCAAGAUAUUGGGAGAAACCCUAUGAAUUCUACCCAGAACAUUUCCUUCCUGAAAACGUCGAGAAGCGACCCAAAUUUGCAUACAUCCCGUUUUCUACAGGAAUGCGAGAUUGCCCAGGAGCAAAAUACGCGAUUCAGUCAAUGAAGGUUGAAGUUGUACGCAUUUUGUCUCAAUUCAAAAUUGCAUCGGCAAGAAUGAAACCUUGGAAAAACCCAUUUACGGAGCUCAGUCUAGGAUUUGGUUUCACCUUCGUUCCCACCCGUGGUUGGCUCGUCACAGCUGAGCUAAGAAAUCAGAGCUCCGACUAAAUUUCAAUGCAGUCGCAAAACAAAUGCCGAACUGAUUUGCCCAAGUAUUGUUAAAAUUAUGUUUAAGUUGAUAUCAAAAUUUGCAAUUCUAUCUUCAGAUCUUCUAUCUUCUCGGUAGAUUCGAUAUUUUUCUCAUAUUUUAUACGAUUAUAUACUUUCGCUAGCUCA